AUGGCACCAAUGCGUGGAGUUAAAGAGUUGAUCGCCCAUAUUUUGCACAUACGCAAUAAUGAUCAAGAUGGUUAUAAUUCAGGCCAAAAUUUAAAUAGUGCAGGCAGAGAUGCUUGUGCUGUUUAUUUUAGAGGAAUCAUGAGAUCUUCCUUAUCAGCCCUGUUGCAUAAACUUGAAGUAGAGUGA